AUGGACUAUCAUGAUGCGGCGCGGGCGCGAAGCGUUCUGGGCCUACACGAGGAUUGCGCUGCGGAACCCGAAUUCGCUGAUAUGGAAGUCCUUGCCUAUCACGUUACUGCAGCUCAUCCACUCGCGCACGAUAUGUUCCAGUGCUUAGUUUGUGGCAAUGUGAAAGACGAUUACAAAGAGCUGAAGAAGCACGUGGAAGAAACGCAUUCGGACCUGCUUUGGCGUCACAAACAGCAACGCAUGCGGAUUUCCAAAUUCAAGAAAAGACCCGAAGGAAAGGAGGACGCGUAUGAAGCGUUCUGCGGUAAUGUAAGAAGGCACUCCAGCAAAUUUGUGAUUCCUGAUGAACUCCGAUAUGGUAAAUUCGCCAGCGGCGAUGAAGAAGAUCACCGCCAGCGCAAAAUGAUGGACAUGUUUGAAUACCACGCAACUCUUCCAAAGCCCAUACCGGUCGUCCAAGCCAUGAAUUCAGGCGAGCAAAAUGUACACACGUGGAAUAUUGAACGGGAGAUCCCAGAAGAGAAUUAUGACGAGAAUCAAAAAGCUCUGGAAGCGGCAUUCAGUUGGCUGGCAAAGAUGGAAGAAGACCUGAAAAAUGCCCCGGCAGCCCCAAAGGACGUUGAGCCAACACCGACGUUGGGUGAGCCCACCAUGCGACGAAUCCCUCCUCCAAGAAACUUCCGGCGCAUUCCCGAAAAGGCCGAAGUUAUGUCGGAGAUAUGCCUGAGUUGGAUGGCCCACCAAUUCUCGAAGAAGAAUUGCAAGCCAAUUGCUCUGAGCUUGCUCCAAGCAAUACUGAUUCGGAACGGAGCGAAGAGCACGAUAUGGAGGACCUUUUCCGGCCCUCCUCCACUGGGAGAGCCUCAUAUCGUCGUUGAUGAACAUGAAUUCCCGACAUCAUCUGGAAACCUCUCCGUCAGGCCUUUCAAUUGUCAACUUACCCCGCGUGCUUCCAACAAACGUACGCCUCAGAAACGGAAAAAGCUCAAGAAUUUCCUGCGGUCCCCAUUUGAUAAGAAAAAGACCGAUCCAGAAACUGAUGAAAUCGUGAUAGCUUCGAUAAUGAAAAAGAUGCUCUUCAAAAUCGAGAAGAAAGAACGCAAUCGUCAUUCUAACACGCGACUUGACUAUGACGACCUUGUGGUUGCUACACAUGCCAAAGUUUCUCCUGAAAAUUCUCGCUCGACGCCACUUCGAACCCGGAAGGCGAAGUUCUUGAAAGUAAAGCGCGUACGAUGCGUCUUGGGACAAGGUCCAACCGCGCUACUCCGGCUGUCGAUGCAGGAGCCCCGGAUUCGGGAAGAAGUGAUGCUCGUUCCUAGUGAUGCUCGAAAGAUUAAACGCGAGCCCGUCGAUGACGAAUCGACAACCCGUGAUGAUAUUGAUGUCUUGAAUCAAGAUGCGAAUGCUGCCUCAAAGGACGAUGUCGAAGUCGCUCAAGAUGCCUCGCAUAACCUGAAGCCUUCUCCAAAAAGACAGCCCGCCCACCGGGGCGGCCGAAGAAGGCGGCUGUUGUUUAUGCUGUUAGUGAAGAUGGUGCCGAGUCCAACGAUUCUUCUGCGAAUUCAACUCCUUUGCCUCGUAGCUCACGAGCCAGAAGCGCCCCGGCUGGAUGAGCAACUUCCAAAGUGGAGUAACGGCGAUUCCGACUAUGAGUCUCCGUCGACAUCACAGGGUCCGGUCGUGAUGAAAAAAGCAAAGAAAUCUGCAACUCCGUUGAGCCAGGUCAAGAAAGUGCGCGAGAUCAUCCCGCCAAAGGAUUCACCAAAGGAGCAUUCACCGGAAUUGAAUAUGGUCGUUCCGGAUGUUGGAGCAUCAGUUACUGUUGAAAAUGGAGAAGACUAUCACCGCGAAAGCCCAGCACCCGUCCAAAGCCAGAGUGAGAGCAAGAAGGACGAGCCAACUGAAGUCGUCACCAUAGAUGAUGAUUGCGACUCAAACUAUUCUCGGGGUACCUGGGCCAACCGGAAAGGUUUUGUGAUGGUUGAGUUCAACGAGAGUCCUGUCCCCCGACAACGUAAGCAGCUGCUACAAGGAAUCAAGGACGACAACGAAGUGAAAUUGCUGGGACUGAAGCAGAAGACACCGGGCGCGGGUCCCUCGACUUGGGUGAAGAAGGAAAUCCCGGAGACCAAAGACAAAUCACGUGUCGCUGUCUGUCUGACUCCGUACCAGCGUACUCAGCUCUUCUCGCACAUGGAUCCAGCCGAUCCUAGCCAACCAGCAGGGCCUGGCCGAUGUCGUCAUUGCAAUUUCGAGUUUCCGCGGGCUAGAGUUGGCCGUCGACAUAUAAUUGGACACAUUCGUGCGGUUCGCGUGCGGUGUACGCUUUGGAAAGCUGGUUCCUUCUUCAUCUCCGAAAUGCGCAACCAUAUUCUUUUCCGGCACUGUCAAAUGUCACAUCUCCUCCCGCCGGAUUUCAUUACCGAAGAGUCAUCUCCAGCGGACAUGCUGAUUGUGGAUGAUUAUAUCGAAUUCGUGCAUCCGUCGAAGAAUGGUCAUGUGUGCUUUACUACUGGAAAGAUAAUUUCCAUGUCAUCGAUGAAGCCAUACUAUCCGGGAUCCACAAAUCGAGGC